GGAGACGGGAGCGCACCCCGCCUGACUCCAGCGCGCUGAGGUUUCUUCCACCGACCACAAUGAACAAGUUCCUGUGCUGCACGCUUGUGCUCUUGGAUAUUUCUGUUCAAUGGACCAUCCAGGACGACUCUCCCCCCAAGUAUCCCCAUUACGACCCAGGGACAUCUCGUCAGCUGCUGUGUGACCAGUGCCCUCCUGGGAGCUAUGUCAAGCAGCACUGCACAGCCACCAGCCCGACGCGGUGUGCCCCGUGCCCGGAUCAGUACUACGCCGAGGAGUGGAACAGCCACGAGGAGUGCCAGUACUGCAGCGCCGUUUGCAAAGAGCUGCAGUACGUCGCGCAGGAGUGCACCCCCACGCAGAACCGCGUCUGCCAGUGCGUCGCAGGCCGGUACCUGGAGCUGGAGUUUUGUUUAAAGCACACGGAGUGUCCUCCCGGAUUCGGCGUCGCACAGCCAGGUACCCCUGAGAGUGACACUGUCUGCAAGAGAUGCCCAGAAGGAUUUUUCUCAAAUGAAACCUCAUCCACAGCAGCCUGUCUAAAGCACACAAACUGUAGUGCACUGGGUUUCAAAACAGCAUUGAAGGGAAAUGCAGUUCGUGACAACGUCUGUCAGGAAAAUACAGAUGUGACACCUCAGAAAUGUGGAAUAGAUGUCACCCUGUGCGAGGAGGCUUUCUUCAGGUUUGCUGUUCCUACUCACCUCACACCUAACUGGCUGAACAUACUGGCAGACAGUUUGCCUGGGACAAAGGUUAGCACAGAAAAUAUCGAAAGGAUUAAACAAAGGCACAGUUCUCAAGAGCAGACGUUCCAGCUCUUGAAAUUAUGGAAGCAGCAAAACAAAGAACAGGAUAUGGUCAAGAAGAUUAUUCAAGAUAUUGAUCUUUGUGAAAAUAGUGUCUUAAAGCAUACUGGCCACCUGAACCUCACCUUUGAACAUCUCAACACACUGAUGGCAAGCUUACCAGGCAAGAAAGUGGGAAAAGAAGAUAUCGAGCGCACUAUGAAACUAUGUCAACCUACAGAGCAAGUUCUGAAGCUUCUCAAUCUGUGGAGAAUAAAGAACAGCGACCAAGACACCAUUAAAGGUUUAAUGUAUGGACUGAAGCACUUGAAAACAUACCACUUCCCAAAACGAUCCAUCCAAAGUCUGAAGAAGGUGAUUAAGUUUCUUCACAGAUUUACAAUGUAUAGAUUAUAUCAGAAACUCCUUUUAGAAAUGAUAGGGAACCAAGUUAAAUCAGUGAAAGUAAGAUGUGUCUAGUUCAAGAUAUUUUUCAUUCUCCACUGACUAUUUGUCCCUAAUUACUGCCAGCAGUAAUUAAACUGGAACGUUUUUUCUUCAUGAUGUCUUACUAUUUAUAGAAAUGCCUGACUGGAAUAGCUCUAAGUCUUUCGCAGUGUUUUUGGAGUUUUUUGUUGGGUUUUUGUUUUGUUUUGUUUUUGUUUUUGUUUUUUUUUUAAUAAAGUCACUUUUGUAAAAGCUAUUAACCUGUUGAUAACACUAAGAGCCUGAUUCUACAUUUUUGCACAUUCAGAGUUGAAAAGCCCCACUAUAGUCACUAGAUGAGAAGAGAAUGCUGGACCAGGCUCUACUACAGUAUUCACUAUUUAUAUUCUUCGAGGAAUAAACAUUUUUGUUGUACAUAUUUAUUAAGUUAAAUGGAAAUUGUAUGAGACUGAAUUUGAGGAAGAGAAAUGAAAAGCACACUGUAUAUUUUCUAGUUAGACAAAAAUGAUCCCAUAUAUUUUUCUGGCAAAAUUUUGUAGCAUGCUCUAAGAGUUAUUAAUUUCUUUACAUUUUGUAUUUAAAAAAAAAAGUAUUAUUGCUUAGUUUUAUUUGUAUAAGUUGUGGUGUCUUUUGGUAGAGAUGUUUUAAUUUAUCCAAUGAUUUUAACUCAAAUACGGUGAAAAUAUAGCAUAAGUGACCUGAAUAUUUAACUAUUCUGUGAGGAAGUGAAUGUACCAUAUUUAAGAAGCUGGAUUUUUAUAUAGAAUUUCAUAAUCUUAUUUUAUAAAACAAUUAAAUUUUUCAGUUUACUU